AUGUGCCGCAUUGGUCAUAAGAGUUCCAAGGGCCGACCCAAGUACAUUGCCGCGGACGGACGCCCUGGUGCUCGAGAAAAGCUUCAACCUAAUAUGGUGGGAACUCAUGGUCAGACAUCGAUCGGAGGCGACUUGCCUGGGCCUGCACCCCAUACUGCCGGGCCGCAUCGACACGAUAUACUGAAUAAAUUGGAUCCCACCGUCGAUAGUCGUUCGGGGGGAGCGCAAAUUCUCGGGCCUGGAGUCGACACAUCCACGCGGGCAUACGAGGCCUCGUAUGGACCGGGCGUGACAAGUAAUGCAGGCCCAGGCGUUAACCCAGCCGUCACAUCGAGCAUGACGACUUACUCAGCCCCCCCUCCGGGUGCUUCUGCCACAGCGCCAAUGGAGAAUGUGUCAGCGGGCGCUCGUGGUCCUCACUCCUCACGGCUUGCCAAUGCCAUCGAUCCUCGAGUUGACUCGAAUACAGGCAGUGACGCGGCCCACACCGACGACCGACAUGCAGUCCCGGUUCACGGCGCUGAGCCCAUGGCCACGACACAAGGCGAAAUGUAUGGAACACAGCAAGGGUGGCCUACAAGCACGCUUCGUCCGAGAGCAGACCUUGAUCCGAACCUCCAAGGAUCUGCCACUGCUCAAGCGCAAAUCCCGAGGGCAGUUCACGUCGGCGGCACUCAACCUGGACCUGCGCCUCAUACCGCGGGACCACAUCGAAACUGA